CAAAGGAGCUGUCUAUAACAUUCCUUCAGUGCACUCUGGCACUGGGAACAGGAACAGCUUUCCUGUCAUUCAGGAUACACGCUCACAGUGUAUUCCGGACAUCAUGCCUCUGGGAUCUCGCUGUGGGAAACUUUUGAGGGGGAGUGUUCAAAGGUGGAGCAGCAAAAACAUUAUUCUGAGCUUGUAGGAGAGGACACAGUAUUGAGCAGAAGGGGAAGUUUGAUGGUUAAAUCUUCUCUUUCCCCGCCUCAGUGGGAAAUGGUUUCAAGGUGGAGCGGAUUUGAUCCUGACACAAUCCAUUUGGACUUAAACUGAAGUAGAUGUGUGUCUUGUCAAGUCGGUGAUAAACAGGGGUUGCACUCCAUGAGAACUUUGCAGGGGGCUUUUAUCUGCACUGAUACCAGACCCAAGAGGACUUGUUUUCAGUGGCGCCGCUGAGAGAUCUUCUUGUUGUUGGCCGUCAGAGCUCGGGAACUCUAAGCACCAUGGCUGGGGUCACUAGGAAGGGGUCUGGGAGACGCUCGUACUACUACAGAUUCCUGGGCAAGUCUCGACUGCAGCGUCAGCGAAGCCGGUCCCGCAGCCGCACCAGGCCGCCUGCCAGGAGGGAGUCUCCUCCAGAGAGGACCGGACGCCGACGCAGCGUGCCAGGCGGCUCCUCCGACAAGACCACACCCACCAUGGAGGCGACGACCGCGGCCGCCACACCUUUCAGAGUCACCGUGAGUACUGGGUUUCUGAGCCGGCGGCUGAAGGGCUCGAUCAAACGCACCAAGAGUCAGCCCAAACUCGACCGCAACUCCAGCUUCAGACACAUCCUCCCCGGCUUCAGGAGCGUCGACAAUGACAGAUCUCAUCUGAUGCCGAGGCUGAAGGAGUCUCGCUCCCAUGAGUCAUUGCUCAGCCCCAGUAGCGCUGUAGAAGCUCUGGACCUAAGUAUGGAGGACGAGGUUAUCAUCAAGCCCGUUCACAUGAGCAUCCUCGGGCAGGACUUCUGCUUUGAGGUCACCACCUCCACGGGGAGCAAAUGCUUCUCCUGCCGCUCGUCAGCCGAGAGAGACAAAUGGAUGGAGAAUCUGCGGCGAGCGGUGCAACCCAACAAGGACAACAGCCGCCGGGUGGAGAACCUGCUGAGGCUGUGGAUCAUCGAGGCCAAGGAUCUCCCCGCCAAAAAGAAAUACUUCUGUGAGCUGUGUCUGGAUGAUUCACUCUACGCUCGCACCACCUGCAAGCUCAAGACUGACAAUGUGUUUUGGGGGGAGCACUUUGAGUUUAAUAACCUACCGGCUGUCAAGUGCAUCACGGCCCACCUCUACAAGGACACAGACAAGAAGAAGAAGAAAGACAAAAACAAUUACAUCGGACUCGUCAACAUCCCCGUGGCAGCGGUUACCGGGCGACAGUUUGUGGAGAAAUGGUAUCCGGUGAGCACGCCCAGCCCCCCUAAGGGCAAGACUUCAGGGCCCAUGAUCCGCCUCAAGGCGCGCUAUCAGAGUAUGAACAUCCUUCCCAUGGAGAUGUACAAGGAGUUUGCAGAGUACACCACCAACAACUACAUGCUGCUGUGCUCGGUGCUCGAGCCCGGGAUUAGCGUCAAGAACAAGGAGGAGAUGGCGUGUGCACUGGUCCACAUUCUGCAGAGCACGGGCAAGGCCAAGGACUUCCUCACAGACUUAAUGAUGUCGGAGGUGGACCGCUGCGGGGAGAACGAGCACCUCAUCUUCAGAGAGAACACGCUCGCCACAAAGGCCAUCGAGGAAUACCUCAAACUGGUGGGACAGAAGUACCUGCAGGACGCCCUGGGUGAGUUCAUCAAGGCUCUGUACGAGUCAGAUGAGAACUGCGAGGUGGAUCCACCCAAGUGCUCGUCAGGUGACCUCCCAGAACACCAGAGUAACCUGAAGAUGUGCUGUGAGCUGGCCUUCUGCAAAAUCAUCAACUCAUACUGUGUCUUUCCUCGAGAACUGAAAGAGGUCUUUGCGUCGUGGCGACAGGAAUGCAGCAACCGGGAUCGACCGGACAUCAGCGAGCGUCUGAUCAGUGCGUCUUUGUUCCUGCGGUUUCUGUGUCCGGCCAUCAUGUCCCCAUCACUUUUCAAUCUGAUGCAGGAGUAUCCCGAUGACCGUACGGCGCGCACCCUCACGCUCAUCGCCAAAGUCACCCAAAACCUGGCCAACUUCACCAAAUUUGGUAACAAGGAAGAGUACAUGUCCUUCAUGAACCAGUUCCUGGAGCACGAGUGGACCAACAUGCAGCGCUUCUUGCUCGAAAUCUCAAAUCCUGAGACGAUCUCCAACACGGCGGGCUUCGAGGGGUACAUCGACCUCGGCAGGGAGCUGUCCACGCUUCACUCCCUCCUGUCUGAGGUGGUGUCUCAGAUGGACCAGAGUGCGGCCUCGAAGUUGGGUCCUCUGCCCAGGAUCCUGCGGGAGGUGAACACAGCUCUGUCCAACCCGUCAAGUGUCCAGAUGACACCCGGGCAGUCCUCGGAGCAAAUGGGCGCGCCGCCCGCCGAGGCGAGCUGUAGCAUCUCCACUGGUCUGCAGAAGAUGGUCAUAGACAAUGAACUUUCAGGAUUGGUUGAUUUUACCAGGUUACCCUCCCCAACCCCAGAAAACAAGGACCUAUUCUUUGUGACACGGAGCUCAGGGAUCCAGCCCUCCCCAGCACGCAGCUCAAGCUACUCCGAGACCAACGAGCCGGACCUGGGCAUGGCAAAUGGCAGCAAAAGCCUGUCCAUGGUGGACCUCCAGGACCCACGCAGUUUGGAAGGUGGCCCUGGUCCUUGUACCUCAGACACUUUGGGUGAAGGCCCAGGAUCUGGUGGGGGCUGGUCAGCCAGAGUCCCACAAGGCAACAUCCUCGGAGGUCCAACCUUGAGAAGGCCAGGCCAGACCCCCACCACCCCAGGAACAGAAAGCACCCCAGGUCGACCCGCCCAACUGCUCGCCCCCCUAUCCUUCCAGAAUCCAGUUUACCAGAUGGCAGCCUGCCUGCCUGUCUCCCCGCGUGGGAUGACCGACUCAGGGUCAGAGUGCCACAGUUCUGUCAGUUCCCACAGCAACAAUGAGGAGGGACCAGCAGGAGGAAAACAUGCCUUCUUGAACCAUGCUGGUGGUGGCGGCGGUGGUGGUGGGGGGAGCAGCGGGGACGAGUACGCAAGGCGUUCGGGCGAGUUCAAUCGCCGACAACUAUCCCUCACGGAAAUGCAGCACCAGCCCACCGUCCCCAGACAGAACAGUGCUGGCCCACAGCGGAGGAUAGACCAGCCCCCGCCUCAGAGCAUCACUCGGGGCCGCACCCCGCCGAACCUGCUAAACAGCGGCCCCUACCCCCGGCCCUCGUCUGGCAGCAUGAUGACAUCAUCCCCCGACUGGCCCGGAAGCGGUGCUCGGUUACGGCAGGCCUCUUCUUCCAAAGGUGACAGUCCUGAGACCAAGCAGAGGGCUCACCACAAACAGGCCCCCUCCCCUGUGAACCCAAGUGCGCUGGACCGCACAGCAGCCUGGCUAUUGAAUAUGAAUGUGCAGUAUUUAGACCAUGAGGGGACGGAUCCCGAGUCACUGAGAAACAGAGAGGAUCUGACUCUGGUGGAGAAGUACCAGCAGGAGAUCGCGUUGCUGCAGGAGAAGCUGCGGGCGUCGGUGCAGAAGCUGGAGGAGUACGAGGCCCGGCUGAAGGGUCAGGACGAGCAGGCCCAGAAGGUGUUGAUGGAGUACCAGGCGAGGCUGGAGGAGUCGGAGGAGCGCCUGCGCCGACAGCAGGACGACAAGGACCUGCAGAUGAAGGGCAUCAUCAGCAGGUUAAUGUCGGUGGAAGAGGAGCUGAAGAAGGAUCAUUCCGACAUGCAGGCGGUCGUCGACUCCAAACAGAAAAUCAUCGAUGCACAGGAGAAGCGUAUAGCGUCGCUGGACGCAACCAAUGCCCGUCUGAUGGGCACUCUGACCCAGCUGAAGGAACGCUACAGCAUGCAGACCCGCAACGGCAUCUCCCCCACCAACCCCACCAAACUGCAGAUCACCGAGAACGGAGAGUUCAGGAACAGCAGCAACUGCUAGACGGGCCGCUUUCUGCCCCCCCCCCCACCCCAGCCCACCCCACCCUCAGAGUGUGUGCCGAGUGCCUGCGAGUGUACAGUCAAUCACCGACAGGACGCCGCUGUGCGUGCAUGGAUGCAUGCCCGUUUGAAGGUGUGUGUGUGUGUGUGUGUGUGUGUUUUUAAAGAAGCAGACAGUAUUUUUUAGAGGACAUUUCCACUUUUCGGACACAACGUGUGGCGGGGGUCGAGGUCCUCGCUCUGAGGGGCCAGCCGGAGGAGGCGGGGCUGCAGCGUGAUGGACAGAUCAUCAAAGGAAGCAGGAUCACCAGACGGCCUUGGUGACGAGGGUGACGGCCAGAGGAGGCGGAGCGGAGCGUGUACAUACGGACCUGUAAAGCUGUCCUUCAGUCUCACACUUUGCCGGCGGAUGUUGCCGGACGCUCGGACAAAUUCCAGCCCUCGCUACGCCUGGGACAAACCACUAUAUAACCACACGGAGCAACCCUCCUCUCCUCCUCUCCUUCUCUUUCUCUAUUCUGCGCCCUCUUGACGAGCAAGUGGACAUACUUAUAAACAAUAACAGGCGUUGAGGAUUACCGUUUUAGUUUCCUUGAGAGGCCUACUCUAGUGCUUUAUUCUAAAGUUACUCUUUAUAAGGAACCAAAUAGAAAUUAAAAGAACAAUAGAUAUUUUUAAUCUCUUUAUUUCCCUCCUCACUCCUGGGGUGUGUUCCUGCUCCUUGCCCCCUGUUGUCCCACCCCUCCGCCCCCCAUGUAGUGCACUUUGUGAAAGGCUAUUGGUACAUGAAACGCCUUAAAGUAAGGAACACACCUCGACUUUCUCCUGCAGCUCCUCUAUUUCUGCAACAAAAAAAAAGGCACAACGUAAAAUACUGUGGAAAAAUAAAUUGUACACGCGUAAAUGUAUAAUGAACACUAAAGAAAAAUUCUAUGUGAUACUAUAUUGAUGAAAUUUAAUAUAGAUGUAUGCAUAUAGAGUAUACACACAUAUAACACAUAUUUGAUAACCUCAAAUAUAAAAUACAGCCCUUUAUUUAGGAGUUUUAUUUUUCUUCUGUGACGAUGAAAGACUGUAGUGUGUAGCGCGCUCUCGAGCCCUGGAGGAGGAGACCACGCGGAGCAGGGAUCAGCACCGUCCACUGAGCCGCACUCCAAAUUACCCACGAUGCUUCGCCCUUUACGCACAGUAUAAUGCGCGGCACCUCAAAGAAAUGUCUGUGCAGCUCCGGCCCCAGCGAUGGGUUCCUCGCUCCGGUGCUCUUCGCUGCUCUUAAAGACGCAGGUCGGCUCGGCCCAGGUGGUGAUUUGGGUUGUGGUCUCCCUCCUUCGGUAGCACAAGAGCUAUUGAGAGACGUGUUCCCACGCACUCACUCAUACUAUACACUGGACUGGUGAGUCAUUGUUACAAUGGCGUCCCGCAACAUUUCCCCUCUUAACUGCUUUGUUUAUCAGUGGUAAUGAAGUGUGCUGCAUCCAAACUGUGACUCUCUUAUUCCUAGUGGCAUCAUCCUCUCCUCUUUUGGCUCUUCUUUCCUUAUUCAACCCCCCCCCCC